CUCUCACUAGUAGCUAAGGUGGGAUCGUAGUGAUCCGAAGAUCGAAGGCCGAUCGCGGCGUCGAACUAGGGUGGAGAUUACAGCUCACCUUCUGAAUCUAGACAACGACGGAGUUAAAUAGGUUGCAGCCACAUUGACAAAAUUUAAUGGAAAGGUUAACGGGCUAUUUCCGUAUUCCUACGUACGAUGGCGACUCUUUUCCAUAACGGACGCUUCUUCCGGUCCGGAUCUAGAGGCGAGGGCCAUUCAUUUGCGGAGUCCUUGCUUGUCGACGGGUCCGGGACGAUCAUUCACGUCGGAAAUGCGAGCGACGAGCAAAUCAGAGCUGCUAGUGCUGCCGGGGUGGCUAAGCACGACAUGCGCGGCCACUUAGUCUUACCGGGUUUCAUAGAUGGACACAUGCACCUCUUGAUGCUCGGGCAGUCCCUGCAGAAGGCCGGACUGGAAACAUGCAAGGAUCUACAAGACAUCCGGAAAACAAUCAAGGACUUCGCAGUAGCACAUCCGUCCGUAACUCGGGUCAUGUGUAAAGGGUGGAUGCAUUCCAUGACCGACGGGCAGGCCUUGGCCAGCAUGAUAGACGACUUGGACCCAAGACCCAUCUUCAUCGACUCGAAAGAUCUACAUUCGACAUGGUGCAACACCGCGGCCUUAGACGAGAUGGGAGUGCAAGAUAUGCCGGAUCCAGAGGGCGGGAAGAUCCACCGUGACGAGAAUGGUAAGGCAUCCGGGCUUCUCUCAGAGGCGGCUGCUGUCACAAUCGUCUGGCCGCAUAUCGCCAAAGUCGCGCCCAUGGAAGAGAAAUUAGCCGCGUUGAAGGGGGCGGUUAGGGCAUACCACUCAGCCGGCUAUACCGGGCUAGUAGAGAUGGCCAUGGACGAGAAUGCAUGGGAAGCUCUGCAAAUAUUACGCGAAAAAGAGACCCUAUCGAUGAGAAUCGCGGUCCAUUGGCUCAUCACCCCUAGAAAGACGGAAGCGGAUAACCUUGCCCAAGUCGAGCGCGCAAUCGAGUUAAGUGCGCAGUUCAACGCAGACACUAGCCCCGACUGUCGCAUAGUUGGCAUCAAAGUAAUCGGCGAUGGGAUUAUUGACGGCUGUACCGCAGGACUUCUGGAGCCUUACGCCUCAAACGGGGUAUCCUGUGACCCUAUCUGGUCACUGGACGAACUAGGGCCCGUCGUAAAGAAGGCGGACGCUGCAGGCCUACAAUGUGCCUUACACGCAAUUGGCGACAAGACCAUCCGGGUUGCUAUCGACGCACUGGAGCAGAAUUGCACUUCCGGCCGUAGACACCGAAUCGAACAUCUCGAGCUUGCGUCGCCUGAAGAUGCUGCGAGGUUGGGUAAGUUGGGCAUCACCGCAUCCAUCCAACCGGUACACGCAGACCCGGCCAUUCUCCGAGCUUGGCCCGCUCUUCUCGGACCGGCCCGUUGCGAGCGCGCGUUCGCCUACAAAGAAUUUGCCGAUGGAGGCGCCGUACUUGCAUUGGGGUCCGACGCUCCCACGGCACCCCACGCACCACUGAAGAACUUAUACACCGCCACGACACGGCGGUCUGCUAGAGAGCUGUCCUUGUCGGACCGGGUGAACCCGCAUUUCGCCUUAGAGCUAGCGGCGGCUAUCGCGGCAGGGACGGAAGGAUCGGCGUACAGCUGCUUCGCGGACAGAUGGGCCGGUACGCUGAAGGUCGGACGGAUGGCAGAUAUGGCAGUGGUGGAUAUGGAAUGGGAUGCAAGUAAGCUGCUAGAGGCAAAAAUCCUACAGACCUGGUUUCAGGGGAAGAAGGUCUUUGACGCCGAGGCGGACCAGAGCACCUCGUACCCUUAAGGCUAACGGAGUUUUUUUUUUUGAAAAAAAAAGGGGGGGAGGGGGCCGUGGACCGUUUUCGGCAUUUAUGGGGCACGUAUUCAUUGACUAUCCGGAGGGAACGGUAUAAGAAGCGGAUGGAGAUGUGGAGAAGACCGAAGCUUCCAAGUCUACGAAGUACAAGAACGCAUACGUAUGUGGCUUCCAUUAUAUAUAUCUCGACAUGGUACCUGCCUACCUGCCUUUGUAUAUAGGUACCUACAUACAUACCUAGUACCUAUGUACGUGUAUCCAUGGAUGUAUGUAGAAUCAAUCUCAAUCGCUACUAGGUAGGUGAUACUAGGUAGGUAAUAUUGAAGAUAC